CAUAUUCACGCAUGACCUUUUCCUCAAACCGUAGGAGAAGUACCUAAGUAAGGUACAUGCAGGGUACCAGUGGUACCACAGAACAUUUAAUAUCUCUCCAUGAAUGCAAUUCGUGCCCCAAGACGUUCUCCUCGCUGCGACGUUUCGAACAGCAUUUCGACACUCUUAACCAUGAUGCCGAAGUUAAAGUUGAGCUCGAAAACAUGGACAAGUUGGAGCGUCUGGAUUUAUGCGAAGUUCCGGAGUUCAGGGGGAGUAUUGUUAUCGGGCAUAUUCUGAAGAAGGGGCAUGUUUGGAGGGGGGUGACACAGUUCACAGUUGAGACUGUGUGGGUUAGAGAGUGCAGAUUUGAUAGGGAAUAUUGGUCCAAUGUUCCCAUCUCUGAGGAAACUUAGCGUCUCCGUGAGCGAGUGGAUGUCCAAGGGGGGAGAACAAGAGAACUUUCUGGUCACCGAAUUUGACGAAUUGGCCAACUUGACAGGUCUCACGCAUAUCGAAGUUCUGGCCCCAUUUCCGAUCAGCUUCGCAAAAUUUGUUGACUUUCUCCAAUAUCUGACAAAUUUUUCGCCCGAUGUUCCAGAAGUACGCGUGACACACUGUAUCUGCCACGGUGACGAUGACAUGUCCGAGUACAAAGGGUAUCGAAAUGUGGAAAUUGUCCAGGAACAGAAAAACAGAUUUCUCCGACUUAUCCCGGCCCUUAGGAUUAGUAGGAAUUUGACCCUGAUUUCUGGACUUGUCCUCGCUCGCCAGAUAGGUCUCGAGUUUCGCAAGGAUGCCGAACUCACGUGCAGAUUCUAAAUUUUGCAAAAAUAGGGGUUAAAAUUUUAUACUAUUUUCCGAAGAUAUUGUGAUACAGAUUAAUUAAAUUUAAUUGAAGGCCAAUGUUAAUCAUAUAUUUUUUUGCACACGAUAUUUUGA